AUGAAGGAAAGUAUUCAAAUUUUAAUUUUGCUUCAAAUCUUUAUCCAACUUAUUGCAAGCACUUGUUUGGAUGGAUGGAUCGAGAUACCCGAAGAGAACACAUGCAUUCAAAUGAGUACUGCAGAUCUUGCCCAUCUACAAGCCCUUCGUGAUUGUCAAACAAAAGCAGCAAGUCUCGUCAAAAUCACUGAUGCUUUCAUGAAUGCGGCGGUGGCUGUAGAGUCAAUGACAUUUGUGAACGGUCGAUUAACUUUGAUUGGAGUGGAGAAAAUGUCGAAUGGUGAAUGGGCGUACUCGGAUGGGACACCAUUGCGGUACACAAAAUGGAAGAGUGGAGAGCCAAAUAAUGGAUAUGCUUGCACAGCGAUUGAUCCAAGAACAGCUUUGUGGCAAACGGUGAAUUGUACCCAGUUGAUGCCGUAUGUGUGUGGAAAACAGGAUAACGAUGCCCCUUGUGAUCUUGAUUGGCUCUAUUCUGUGGACACAAACUUCUGCUAUUACCUCAAGAAUUUCACAGCGACUGAUGGUCAACAUUGGGAUCUUUUCAACUUCACACAAGCUGAGGGAGAAUGUCUUGCUUCGACUUACAAUUUGGCAAGUCUGACAACAGCUGGUAAUGGUGAUCCGUGCAAUUAUGGUCAAGCGUGGAUCGGUCUCUCCUAUUACAAACAGAGUGAAUUGUAUGCGUGGACGGAUAACACUUUCGUUGAUUACAUUGGAUUGCCUGUACUUGAAGCUACCACUAAUUAUGAUUAUACGGUGAUGAAUGAUGUGACUUGUAAUAAAGGAUGGAUGUAUCGACCAACUGUUCAAUUAGCUGCAAGAUUUGUGUGCAAAAAGAAACCUUCAGCU